ACUGAUGCUAAGGACAUCAAUAUCGGUGUGCACAGUCACUUCGUAAUAAUCAUUAUACGGCGGCAUCAAACUUAGGAGUUUAUUAGUUUGGAACUUAAAUAUGGAUCCGCACGAAUGUUCGGAAAUAAUUAGCCGACAUCCUGAGUUAAUACUGGUUUCAAACAACCCAGUAACGUGGGAAGGAAUGUUGAGCGUUGCUGUGAAUGCAGCUGAGAAAAGUAAAGUUAGGAUCAAACUGACCCUACCAAAUUUCCCCCUAUUAUAUGGGGCUACUCUUAGCUUUGGAAAGAAUCCAAAAAUUUUAUGCCACAGGGAUUUCAGAACAAAAUCAAGAAUACUGAUAGAAAGUGCAGUUACUGUUACUUCAUUCUUGAAACAGCUGCAAGUAUUAAUUGGAGAAGCCUUGCACAGUUACGUUCCAUGUCUGAUGAACAUCAACAACCACUCAAUUAUCUCUGAACUAGAAGCCAUGAUACAUUCACCGUGUGAAGUACGGCUUUCCUCGAAUCAUGGAUUGAAUCUUAUUGAAUUAGUUUCAAAAAAUAUUAGCGUCAGGUUACAACGUGAUGGAAGAUGUUCAAAUACCUGGAAAAUCGUUUCUAGUGAUCUGGCACAGUUACAAGGAUGCGAACUUGUUGUUGGGGCAACAAUGAGCUUGCAUGACGCAGGAAAUAAACUUGACAAGCAAGUAGAAUCAUUGGAAAAUGUUUGGGAACAUUUGAAAGAUAUUGAUAGAAAUUGCUGGGUAAUGGACCCGCUUGUACCAAUGCCUCAUCAUCUCUAUCGACGAAUAAAAAUUAACUCAUCCUUAUCCAUUCUGAUAAACAUUAAUCCACUUCAACCAACCAGUCUUCCAGCUAUUAAAAUAUUGGGUAGCGAUUCAGAAGUAGCAAAGUACAGAGAAAUAGUGUCUGGAAAUUUUGAGUUAUGGGAUCCGAGCAACAGUCUAUCUGAAAAUUUACGGAUUCUACUAAAUUUGGAAGAAUUUCCUCAGAUAACACUGACCAAAAAUGAGAAGCAAAAAGACAGUGGUCUCUUUAAUGAUGAGGAAUGCUGCAUUUGUUUUUCACUAGAAUUAAACGACAACGAAUUACCUGACAAAAUAUGCAACAAUAAUACGUGUCGGAAGCAGUUUCAUACAACGUGUCUAUUGCAGUGGCUACAAGCAACACCUGGAAAUCAAGUGGUAUUCAAUCAACUGCAUGGUGCUUGCCCACACUGCGGCCAAAACAUAUCAUGUCCUGUAGAAUAGGGCAUCAUACAAAUUGGCAAUAAUUUAAAAGUUUAUUGCUGU